AUGGAGGGGUUCGAGGAGAACUACGAGCGCGGCAGCCGAAUCCCCCACACCUUCCGCGCGACCAAACCCUUCUUCCUCCUCGCUUGCAAGCGAUCCAGCGACGCGCGCUCUCCUCCUCCCUCCUCCAAGUGUCCUCGAAGGGUUCCGCUAUCCGAGAUCAAGAAUGGGUGUUCGACGCCCCCGAUGAACCCCACACCUCGGAGUUGUCAUCGAGGUUCGAUCGUUUCUCCGUCUAGCAGCGUGAUCGACGAGGAUUUCGAUGAGGCGUUCCUGCGGGACGUAGACGCCCUCUGCGAAGAGAGGUCCACGGCCAAGAAGGAGAGGCCGAGCGAGGAGAACGGGAAAGCUUCCUGGAGGCGUGUGGUGGAUAGCUGCGAGGAGUUGGAUUUGGACCUGCAGGGAAGUCUCAAUAGGGAUGCCGGCGAUUGGCCCGUGCAGCAGCACAAGACCUGGAAGUGGAAAGGUGUCUUUCUUCGCCCUCAACCAUUUCGCACGUACACUUUUUUCUUCCUCACAAUUUUUAUGGAUGUGAUUAUUCAGACAUCAACAAUGGUUGGGCGGGUGUUGACACUGCUCAAAGAGGGGUUUGGCCCUUCGAACAUUCUUGCAAUGACAUUCACCACUGCUGCUGCAUCGGAGAUGAGGGAUCGGAUACGAGCAGUGGCUGGAAAAGAUGUCGCAACAGACCUUGAAAUUAGCACGUUCCACUCGUUUUGUUUGCAGCUCUGCAGGAGACAUGCAGAAAAGUUGGGCCGCACCCCUGAGUUCUUAAUAUAUGGACCAGGGCAACAACGGCGGGCUGUUAUUGAGGCCUUGCGUAUAAUGGAGAAUGAUCAAAACAGUGCACAAGAAACUACAGUUCAGAAGUUUGAAGAUCUUCCGAGUACUGAUAUUGCCAAAUCUUUAAAGGAAAAGUCAAAAAAGUGGCUAAAGUUUGUUACACAGGCUAAGGCUUCUGGCAGAGCAACUGAAGAAUGUGAUAAGAUUGGUGAUGAAAUUGGAGCUAUGAUCCUCAGACACUAUGAUGAAAUUCUUACCUCUUGCAAUGCUUUGGACUAUCAUGAUUUUAUUAGCUCUUCUGUAAAGCUACUCACUGAUUUUCCUGAAGUGUACAAUGAGUGCUUGAACACUUGGAAGGCCAUAGUUAUAGAUGAGUUUCAAGAUACAAGUUCGAUGCAGUAUCAUCUUUUAAAAAUUCUAGCUUCUCAUAAUCGUGUGACGAUUGUAGGUGAUGAAGAUCAGUCUAUAUUCAGUUUCAAUGGUGCUGAUGUUUGUGGUUUUGACUCCUUCCGGAAAGAUUUUCCCACUCACAGAGAGAUUAGAUUAAACAAGAAUUACCGAUCUACCUGGUGCAUAGUUGAGGCAGCAUCAGCUGUUAUACUGAAUAACAAUAAACGUUGCCAUAUUAAGCAAGUUGAGACUGAUAAUUCCACUGGGAGCAAGAUUAUUGUUAUGGAAUGCCACAAUGAAGAGGCACAAUGUGCUUUUGUUGCUGAUAAAAUUUUAGAAAUCGCAUCAGAUGGCCAGAAUGCUGACUGUUCCUUUGGCAAUGUUGCAAUACUUUAUCGGAGACAAGUUUCUGGUAGAGCAUUUCAGAUGUGCUUUCGAAACAGGAAAAUACCCUUUAAUUCUCAUGGGGUGGCCUUUUAUCGGAAAAAGGUAAUAAAGGCUAUUAUGGCAAUACUCAGAACCACAUUUCCUGACUGUGAUGAUGGUCCAUUUCGCCAAGCCUUCAAGGCACUUUUACCUGGUGAUAAAGAAGAAAAGAAAAUGGUUGUUGAUUAUGUUGAAAGGAUUUCCUCAGCAAGGAAAUGUAGCUUCCAAACAGCUGCAAACGACAUCUUUCAUGCAAAGGUUUCGGGUACCUUCAAAAGGUCUCAGCUUACUCAAGGACGGAAAGUCUUGUCUGCACUAGAUAUGCUAUCCAAACUUGUAAGAAGAGAACCAUCAAUUUCAAUGGUCAUCACUUCUGCAGCAAAUAUGUUACCUCAGAAAUAUCUUCUUGAAAAACGUGCUGUAGUUGAUGUAGAAGGAGGGAAGUUGCUGAAUGAGGACAAUGAUCUAAGAUCUGUAGUUCAGUAUUUAAUGGAUGAUGUGUCGGAUUUCUUGUCCAUGCAUUUCACUAACAAAGACGUUCAAAAUUUGAGUAAAGAAGAAGGUUGUGGGAGCAUUCUGAAGUCCUUUAUUGACUUCAUAACCAUGAGGGAAACUGAAAACUUUCGCUUCCGAAGGCAAGAAAAUAAAAACUCAGUAACUUUGACUACUAUUCAUCAGUCAAAAGGUCUAGAAUGGGAUGUAGUUUUCAUUGUGAAGGCAAAUGACAAUGAGAUUCCUUUGCUUCAUGAGUAUAAUGGCAUUGUCCAUGGUGGGACCACUCUUGAGGAGGAACGAAGGCUUCUAUAUGUUGCAAUGACUCGUGCUAGGAAGAAGUUGUAUGUUGUGUACAUCAUUAUGGAUUCCAACUGGCAGUUGUUGCAACCUUCACGAUUCCUCAGAGAAAUUCCAGGCCACCUUCUUGAGAUACAGGGUGAGGCAAUCUCCAAAGACCUGGCAAUUUCUAGUAGAAACAUUUCUAAUUCAUUGGGAUACGAAAUUUCACAUGAAACAAUUCAUGAAAAUGGUAGGACUCCUGAUGAUAUUUCAGAAAGUGUUGAAGGAUUCUCUGAGAUAUGCCUUGGCAACCAAUUUCUGAAGAGCAGGUUCAACUUGGAAGAGAGAUCCAUUGUCUCUAGUUUAUUCCAUCAAUGGGCAAAAAGACCUGCAUUUCAUCAUCCAAACCGGUUGCUUGACAAGAUUGGUUUUGUCGUUGAUGAACGUUUAAGGAACAAGACAUACAAACACAAGGUUGUUAUGCGAAUUCUCAAAUCUUGCUUGAAGGGUGAUGAAACACUCCAAUAUGCUCAAUAUGUUAUUAAGUGGGAACAAAUACCUGUUGGGCUACGUGCACAUUUAAAUAGAGAAAAACAGGAACAUUUCCAAAAACAAAGAAUCGAGAACUCUAUGGGAUCAUCCAAAGCUACAUCUAAACAGAUCUCUUAUCUGCAGAAUCUGGGAUGCACAAUUAAUCCUACUUCACGUCUUCAUGCAUCACGUUUGAUCGAACAGUAUAGGUCCUUGUGAAAGGCUGCAUUCUUUGAAGUUUGUAAGCUUAAUGCAGGAGAUGAUCCAGCUAGUCAAUUCAACAAGAAAAACGUAACAGGCUUCUUUUAUGGUGUUUGUAUGGACUAAUUUAACUGGUAUUCCUGGACGAAAUAGAUUUAUGGAGGGUUCUCAUUUCUCGAAUUUAUAAAGCUAUUCUUUCCGUUCUUAAGCAUAUUAUUUAUAUACUCUUGUGGGUUGAUGAACUUUUGAACCAGAGUAUUUAGAACUCUGGUUGAUUAAUGUUGAGGAUGUCAAUAUCUUUAUAUUUUGGUCGGUGAUGCUGCUUCUACCUAUUAAGUCCAUGCAGUUGUUGAUUUUGUCAUAUGUGUUGUAUAAUGAAUUUUCCUAAAUAGAUAUUUUUAUCCUAUAUCAGUCUUUACAUGCAUGAAGAUACCCCAAGUUGACUUUCGAGUGUAAUUUUUGUCUGCAUUUUACCUAAAGAUUCCUUUUGUAUCUUCGGUUUGUAUUUUUAUUUCCUACCACUAGCAAAACUAGAUGCUGAGAAUGUGGAUUACAGGAUCUGGUUGUGGUUGAAAUAGCAUUUUCAUUGUAAAUUCUAUCAUCCAGUGAAUUAAAUCGGCUGUAUUAUAUGGCUAAUUUGGGAAUGCUCUUGCCUCGUUCUUCCAGGAUGACAUGGCAUCAUAUGGAAUUGCUUCGAACAACUUGCAACCGCGGAGAGGAGCAGAGGAGCACACGACCACCAUUCGAUGGACGCCCUCCAGUAGAAGCUCUUGGUCGAUCUGGUGGCGUGCUGACUUCAUGACCAACCCGAAGAAACCAGCAGAGAUUCAAAGAUCUAAUGUCUACAGAAACUGGGAAAUAAACCAUCAAAGUAAGUUAAGGUGGGAGGCUCGGGCAUUGCCAUCUUCUGCAAGUGUGAUGAAGCUUAUAAACCAGAGAUUCCUUUAACAGUGCCAAAAUUUAUGUGGUUGGAAGAUAGCCCAGUUGGUGAAGAUAUCUUUGCUCCCAUCAUGGUAUUGUGGUGGGGAUGUGAACCUUUGCUUUGCUUUGCUUGCAAUAAAAGAUGCAAUCAUCAUUUCGCCAUAACACUUUUCUCAAGCAACGCCACACUUUUCUUCCUCGUGUUCGAGAGCGCCAUCAGCAGCUCAUAACAAGCAAAAAGGAAGCGUCACAGAUGUUUCCAGUUCAGAGUGAUAUGGCCAGGUAGGUCAGCUUAGUAUUUUCCAGAGUGGUUGGGUUUGGAAACUAGUCUUUGUUUGCCAUU